UUUUGGUUUUGGUUUCCAGGGUCAGCGUCAUCGUUUGGAGAAAACACUGUUGUCUGUGUCUCCUUUCUAUAUAUCCUGAUUAAACAACCUUAGACCCCAUUACACCACUGUCCCUCCUGUUUCAAAGAAAGAAAUCAAGAGAGAGAGAGAGAGAGAGGAAAUGGGGAGGCCACCAUGCUGUGAUAAAGUUGGAGUUAAGAAAGGGCCAUGGACUCCUGAAGAAGAUAUAGUGUUAGUUUCAUAUGUUCAAGAACAUGGUCCUGGAAAUUGGAGGGCUGUUCCAGCAACUACAGGGCUGAAGAGAUGCAGUAAAAGUUGCAGGCUAAGGUGGACUAACUAUCUCCGGCCUGGAAUCAAGAGGGGAACCUUCACUGACCAUGAAGAAAAGAUGAUUAUUCAGCUUCAAGCUCUUCUUGGCAACAAAUGGGCUGCUAUAGCUUCUUAUCUCCCUGAAAGAACAGACAACGACAUUAAAAACUACUGGAAUACCCAUUUGAAGAAGAAGCUCAAAAAGCUCCAAAACGGGUCGGAAUAUGGAUUCUCAUCUAAUAAUUCAAUUUCCAGGGGGCAGUGGGAGAGAAGGGUUCAGGCUGAUAUCAAGACAGCCAAACAAGCCCUCCACGACGCAUUAUCUGUUGACAACACCACAACCCAUUUGAUCCCUUCAAAUGCCUGCAGCUUAGCCUACAGGAAUCCCUGUCAGGCUUCUUCCUACGCUUCCAGCACCGACAACAUAGCCAGAUUGCUCAAACAAUGGGGGAAAACUACAACACCAAAAUCUGAACAUCAAUCCAAGUCUUGUUCAAGUACUCAGAAUUCAUCCAACAAUACCACUCUGGAUUCGGCUAAUUGUACUGAUCAGACCCAAAGUGGGGGGGUUUAUGAUGUGUCUCAUCAAGGGUUCGAAUCAUUGUUUGAAUCUUCAAGUUCUGAUGAUUUGUCAAGAUCAUCAGCUUCUCCCUGCAGCCUCGACAUUCUCGUGGAAUCCAAACCCGACCCGGCUGAUCAUCAACUAUCAGUUCUUGAGAAUUGGCUUCUCGGAGAUCAACUAGGGAAGGAUUAUUUAACUGACUUCUCAUUUGAUGAUGAAAAUCCAAGUUUAUUUUAGAAGGCAAGAUUUUAUCUUAAUUUUUCUUUCUUAGGCCCUCAUGACAUUAAGGAUUUUUUUCUUAACUUUUUUGUCUAAGUGAGGCCUGGAAAUUAAGAUUAAUAUCCAACGUUAAUCAUCUCCAAAUUCAGUGUGGUUAACAGUAGUAUAACAUAUAGUUAUUAAUUUGUCCCAGUAAUUAUAAGUGUUCUAAGUGAAAAUAAAAUUUUCUCUGUAUGGUUCUGUCUGAUAA